AUGGACAAUGAAAGCUUUCCUGAAGGGGAUAUGCAGUAUCCCAUCAAUGACUUGGCUACGUCUCUCCAGUUACCAGGGGAGGAUGACACCGUCAGCGGUUCGCGAGACUUGACCCAGAGCGCUCCGACCGAUCUCUUCGACAAUUACGACUGGUCGGCUAUCUUCCAAGAUGAAAAUUUUGGUGAAAUCAUGGUCGACGUUGUAUUUCCUGACCCUGCUUACUCCCUGAGCUACGACACGACACUGCUCGACCACACUCGACACAAUCCCACCUCAGCAUCGAUGUCUGCACAGAAUCGCAGGGCAAAUUGCCCGACUUCACAGCCACUGCGCGCCGAACCUGGUGAUCUCUCUCGAUUCGGCUCACGAUUACCGUCACUAGACCCCGAAGACCGUCAGCAGCAGCGACCGGAAGCAGGUGGUCAGGGAGUAGAAGGGCAUUCGAGUCCUUGGCAACAGUCAAGACUACCACAUUGCCUACGAGAGGUUACCUCCACAUGUCGCCAGAGAAUGCUACAAGAGCUUGCGAAUUUUACCAAUGUCGUUCCUGCUCAGUUUGAACUUCCGUCAAGACACACGCUCACCCGCUUUGUAGCCAUGUAUAUUGCUGGCUUCAAUGAUCACAAUCCCGUGUUACACCUACCGACAUUGGCAUUGGACUCGAUUGCUGUUGAGCUCUUUUUAUCCAUUGCUUCGAUCGGAGCUCGAUACGCUCACGAACGAGAAGCCAGUCUUGAUCUUUUCGAAGUUGCUCGAGCCGUUGCCUUUGAACGCGUAAAGAGAACGACCGACUGCUCUGCUGCGAAUGUGCCUAGGCAGGUGAAUGGAGCUGAAGGAAUACCACUAAGUGAUCCACCAGCGGGUUCGGUAAGCCGUGAUUGCUGGGAUGACCAAAUGCGUGUUGAGGUUAUACAGGCCUUGGUACUCAUGAUUGGAUCCCUGUGGUUCGGACGAACUCCUGGAGCUCGAUCAGGUGAAGCUGCCUCUUUCAGGAGUUUGCUUGAGGUCAUGAUUCGCGAUCUUGCCGAAAGUGCCACUACAUGUCAAACCGACGUGAGCUGGGAGCAGUGGGUGAGGCAAGAAACGAUCAAACGCAUCGUGCUGGUCACAUUUACCUUGAUGAAUUUGCAGACAAUCAUAUUGGACUGCGCUCCCUCGUUGUGGUGGACAGAGGUUUUACUCGAUCUACCGUGCUCGGAAGAAAUGUGGAACGCCAAAACCCCCGCACUCUGGAACCUGGCUCGGGCGCGCGAUACAACGGCAACUUCGGUUCAGACAACGAUGGAGAACCUCUUCUACACGGAUCCACGAACAUAUCGACCUUUCUUUUCGUCCCUCGGCGGCUAUUUUCUUAUCCAUGCAAUCUUACAGAGUAUCUGGAUUCUACAGCAGUCCAGGCGUCUCCGAGCAGAGUCUGCAAAUGCUCAAGCGCAAGAUAUCAAGCACAUCCAGCAAGCAUUACGACAGUGGCGUCGAGGUUGGGAGAGAAAUCAAGAAUCGUCUAUGAACCCAAUCAGUCCGUCCGGGCCUCUUACUUUUACAUCUACAGCACUUCUGAGGCUCGCGUACGUCAGGAUCACUACCGAAACGCGAUUUAUUCCGUCUCUGAAUACUUGGAACCCUGAUAGAGUCGUCAAAGCGUUCCUUCAGACCCCUCCGGUCGAGCGAAGCGAGCAAGCAACUCGAGCAGCCUUACAUUGUGCGCACGCCUUGAGCAUUCCAGUCAAGAUUGGUCUGAAUUUUGUCGCCCGCACGCAAAGUUUCUAUUGGGCGUCUCAACACGCGCUGUGCUCGCUAGAAUGUGCGCUCUUCCUCUCCAAGUGGCUGACCACUAUCACGGCUACAAGCCCAACAGAGCUGACGAAAGAGGAGACACUGGUUCUUGACUUUGUCAUUCAAAUUGUGGCCGAAACUCCCAAUCGCUCGUCCCGUGAAACUCUCCUGAGAACGAAUAUCCGAUUGAGUAAAACAGUGGUUAGCACGUGGGCCACCCUGUAUCCUGGUGGCAAUGUUUGGGAAAUGGUAGAUCUCGUUGGCAAAUCGAUGAAGGCAUGCGCUGACGCAACAUGCGCAAAUUGA